UGGAGGAGAAGGCGGGACUUCCGGUUGGUACAGUAGCAGAAUUGGCCAACCGCCAGCGUGCAUCACAGUCCAGGCCACAGAGUCUGCAGCUGCAAAUAUGUCCAUAUUGUGUCUGCAGUCACAACUACAGCUUUUAGUAACUCCUUAGCUGCACUCUUUAAGGGAAAACCACCUUUUAGCAGUUGUAAGUAUAACUGUCAGUGACGAUUACCUCAUAUCCGUCCUAUGGAUGUAGUUUGUAACGCUGCUAUUGCUUGCUGCAACAUAAGGAGAAGGAGCUCUAAUGUGACAGCUGACAGACUGAAAGGGAAUGGCAGGAGAAACCAUGGGGUCUGAGUAGACUGGCUGUGUGUUGGAGGUUCACAGUAUGGAAACAAUGUCGUACAGUAACCGAGAGCUGGUGGAGUUCUUUAUAGGCUACAAGCUGUCUCAGAGAAACUAUUCAACCUCUCUGCUGAGGCCAGAGGAUGAUGGCGGAAGGACUGAAGGAGACAAGGCCAACUCAGCUGGCAGUAAUGGCCUGCUGGUCAACAGCAGAAAUGGGGGCGGCCAGCCAGGGAUGUCGUUGCCCCCACGUGGCAACAUAGAGGCUGUAAAGGCAGCUCUCCGGGACUCAGCAAAUGAGUUUGAACUGCUCUUCACACAAGCGUUUAGUAACCUUUCCUCGCAGCUAGACAUCACUCCUGACACAGUCUACCACAGCUUUAAGAGCGUGAUGGACGAGGUGUUCAAGGAUGGAAUCAACUGGGGUCGUGUAGUGGGCCUGUUUGCCUUUGGCGGUGUGCUGUGUGUGGAAUGUGUAGAGAAGGAUAUGACCGAGCUGGUUUCCCGCAUCGCAGACUGGAUGACCAUGUACCUGGAUGAGCACAUCAGUCCAUGGAUCCAGAGCCAAGGAGGAUGGGACUGCUUUGCUGAGGUUUUUGGGCGAGACGGCGCUGCAGAAGCGAGGAGAUCUCAGGAGACUGUGAAAAGAUGGCUGCUGGUUGGAGUGGCGCUGCUAGUGGGAGUGCUGGUUGGUGUGGUCAUCGCUAAGAAACGGUGAAGGUUGUGCAUCUCGUUCACCACAGCACACCCUGUAUAAUGCUACGCCAACAAAAAUAAAACUAAAUAGUUGAUGUUUACAAAAAGCCCAGUCUGCUUGUGCACUGACAGAAUGUGGAUCGGCUAAAGCAGUUUGUGGAAGUAUCCAUAAUAUGUAGCUUGGUGAGUGUUCGACUUCUCACCCCGCUUUGUCCUGUGUCUUUUUUAUUUUUUUCUUCUUCUUUUUCUUUUUUUAACACAGCAGAUUUUACAAUUGUUAAAAGGGUGUUAAUCUCCAGAAUGGAAGUGCUUUAAAGGAACACGCCGACUUAUUGGGAAUUUAUCUUAUUCACCGUAACCCC